AUGGAUAAAGAUCACUUUAACGUGAUGAAUAGUAAAAUGAAUGUAUAAAUGAAUCAUAAUUAUUUCAUUGACUUAAUUACAAAAGCCAAUCAAACUGUUAGAUCAUUAAAUUAAAAAUUAAAAAGGAAACAAAUGAGAGAUAAAAUGGAUAGAGAGUAUUUUAACGUUUUGAAUGGUAAAAUCAACUUCCAAAUUAAUGAUAAAGAAUAUAUAGAUUUGAUUACAACAAAAGCUAAUCAAACUGUUAGACCAUUAACUUUAAGGUUAAGAAUGAAAUAAAUGAAAGCAAAAAUGGAUGAAGAAAUUAAUGUAAAAUAUUUAUAUUCAUUAAAAGAUUUCCAAAUUAAAACAUGAAAACAUCUAAUAAUAAUAAAAUAAUGAUGAUUACUAUAAAAAUAUAUUCUUUUUACACAAAAAAAGAAAAAAUAAAUUCAUCAAUAAAUCUAUGUAAAAUCAAGAUGAAACAAAAAGUCCUUUAACUUAAAGGAACUUUACACAUUAUUCACCUUAAAGAUAAACAUAAUAAUUUAAUAAAACUAUGUUACCUUCUUCACCUAUGAUUUAAACAACUAAGAUUAAAGUACAAUAAUAUUAAGAUUAUCUAAAAUUAAAUCAACAAAUCAAUUAACAUAAAGGAUAACUAAAUGUAUAGAUAUUAAAUCUAUUGGAAUAAAAAGUGUAAGCAAUUAGUUAAAUUAGUCACAUAGCCAAAUCACUUAAAUAAUCAUGCACUAAGUCUGGAGUUGAUUCCUAUGAAUAAGCAUUAAAAACAAUUCAAGUUCUCAAAAAUAAUAUUACUUAAAAGGUUAUAAAGGAAUGUAACUCUAUUUAUGAAGAAAAAUAGAAUCAUAAAUUAAACAUACUUGAAAAAACCUAUGCUGUAAAUUACAAUAUUAAUUAAAGUAUUUUUUAAGAGUUUUGGAAGUAAUUUAAUAAAUGGAUGAUUAAAUAUACUAAUAUAUGUUGAAUUAUAAAUCCAAAAAUCCAAUGAAUGAUUAAAACUCUAUUCUUGAAGAUAUAAAUUAAAUGAGAGAUGAUGCAUAUAAUGAAAAAGUUCGAACAUUCAGUAAAUAUCAUGAUAUAGACCAGGAAAAGAAAAGAGAUAGAUAAAAACUAAAUAAAGUUAAAGCAUAUUUUUGA